UAGCGGCGCCGGGGCCGCCUCCGCCGCGCCCGCCCGGCCCCCGACCUCCCUCCCGCGGCUCCCCACAACUUUUGAGGCGGGGACCGCGCUUGCAGCUUCACUUCGCUCACUUCCCCAGCCCGGCGCGGCACCCGCCGCCCGUUUCCCUCGCACCCGUGGCCGCCCCGCGCCCACCCGCGCGCCGGGCAUGUGAGCGCGGGCGGGCGCCGCCACCAUGGCCUCGCCGCCGCCGCUCCUGCUGCUGCUGCUACCGCUGCUGCUACUGCCGCCGCCGGCCGCCCCCAAGCCCCGCAACGAGAGCGAGCCGCCGCCGCCGCCGCCGCCGCCCGCGCUGUCCCCGGAGCGCCACGGGCCCGCGCCUACGGGCCACCGCUGGACAGCCGCUGUGCGUGGCACCGCGACGCGGCCCGAACCUUCGGGCCGAGUCCCCCGAGGCGGGAGCACCGCUGCUAUGAGGAACCACUGGCCAGAAAGCAACACUGAACCCCACAAAGAAAACAUGACCUUCGGCCCGAGUCAAGUGGACUUUUCCACCGUGGUCUCCAAAGAGGGCGUGAUGAUGGUUCAGACCCCAGGAAAGAACCACACUUCUUCAGAGGCUCCACAGAACUCCACCCUGCAAACUGAAACAGCAGCUGCUGAAGGAAGAAAUGACUCUCUAAGAAGAUCACAUUUCACUGUUUCCCCCGUCGGACCUGACAGAGCAGCAGCUCUGACCUCCCAGAGCAUCACCUCAGCCUGGAGAAGGCAUCACCUGCCAUCCAGCAGUUCAAGGUCAGAAGGAAGAACUUACCCUGCUCACACGGACAGCGGGACAUCACAGGGUUCUCCAGCAGGGGGGCAGAGGCUCCCAGGAGACGUGACUGUGCACACCCAAGUGGCGGCCACUUCGGUUUUGAGCCAGUCGUCUCCUCCUGGUUUGGAGAUGGGAGAAGAGACCACACCCGCCAGGCAGCAAAAUUCCUCAGGCCCGUGGCUCUCCUGGAUGCCUUUCUCUGGGACACCAGCUUCCUCCCCGUCCUCAGACCAUUCUGCACCUUCUGGAAUUCCGGAGGAUUUAAACAACUCCACUGCUGUCCAACACCCCUCGGCCCAUGGGACAAAGAGUGCCCGUGUUACCACGGUCCCCACCGGUGUUUCUCGGAUGCUCCAAUCUUUAGCUGUCCAUCCAGGACCUCUAAUGGAGACAGAGCCUUUCUCUGAGGACACUGCAACUGCCACGACUUCAGCAUCAGCCCAUUCCUCACCCCCUGAGGCAGAGUCCAGAAGAAACAGUGAAGUGGUCGGGAGCCCAGGGGAUGGAGCGUUCAUGGAACCAUCCACGGAGAAUGCAUUUGGCCUUACAUCUUCCAAGGUCUCAGUGGAGUCUGGGCAAAAUGAUUCCCCAACCUCGGGAGGACUCAGACUUGCCAGCAGCUCUGGUGCUGGGGAUGGAAGCCCCGGGUCUCAGACUGAGACCGUGUCCCGGUCAGCCCCGUUGGUCAGAGGUGGACAGAGCACUGCUCUCUGGUUCGUGAGCAACAGCGAGACGUUGGCAGAUGCACCGGGAAGCUCCACUGCCCAUCCCGAAGUUGAGAAUGCUUCCGUGUUGACCCGGUUCUCAGCCUUGGCCCCACAGUCUGGAAGGAGUGACACCACGCUGGGUGGUGGGAGCUCUGAGCCAGACACCGAGUCCUCCUCCUCGUCUUCCUCUUCCUCAACAAGCCUGGACUCCUGGGCACCACGCGGGGAGCACUUGAUCACUGGAACUAGCUCCGAUCCAGUGCACAGCACAGACCCUGAGCACAGGACCUCAGGCGACUACACGGACCACACCUACGUUUCAGCCCCUUUCACCAAAGGGGAACGGACACUGCUGUCCAUUGCAGACAACAGUUCAGCUGCAGACCUAAGGGAGAGCUCCACCUCUUCUGUUAAAAUCUCAAACGCUUCACAUCCAGACUCUUCUUCUCCUUCUUUGGCUCAGACUGAGAGAGGUAAUGCCUCGUCCCACAAAGGGGAGCCCGCCCUGCCUUCCACUGAGGUGCAGGUUCUGCACACAGCCCGCCCUCCGUCCCACACACCCACUGUCAUCUUGCCAAGCACCCUGGACGCCCAUGCUGACUCUGUGGGUGACCCGUCAUCUUCUUCGUCAGGGCCCCCUCUGCCCCCACCCUCAGUGUCACAGUCCUACCACUUGUUCUUGUCAACGGUGCCAUCAACCGGGGCCUCCACGCACCGACUGCAGUCCACCCCUGAUGUGCCCACACCUUUGUCUUCCUUGCCACCACCUUCGCCAGCGUCCUUGACGACAUCCACCCCUGCCGAGCCGGCCAUCUCACAAACAACCCUCCCACCUUUGUCAUCAACCCUGGUCCCGCCCCGGCCAAGGGACGCUCCGGUGACUUCGGUCUGGACAUUGACGAUGGCGUCAUCCGUGGCGGUGCUCCCCAACAGUCAGACAGCAGAUCCUAAGAUCCAGAGCAACCCAGACCUCGGGAACGUCAUUACAGAAUCAAAGCUCCCAAGCCUGGAGACUCGGACUCCGGAGGCCACGGAAGCUGUGACAGUGAGGUCUACUCUGAGGAUCCCUUCACCCCCAGCCUUCACAGAGGCCUCCACUGAGCAAACCCCUCCAGCCACCAGCACCAGCUUAGCCCAGACAUCUUCAGCUUCAGCAGCCACCACCCUCAAGAUCUCUCAUCCCCCCACACCCAGCCCCAGCCCCCCUUCCCGCACAGCCGCCCCCGGGGGUGGCCCCACAGCAGCACAGACAGUGGCUGGAAAGCAGCCCCCACCAACCAGUCCUGAAAUGCUAGUGGUACAAGUCUCAACAGGAGGUGCUGUCAUCCCAGAAAAGAGCCAAGCACAUGGAGAUGCUGCCGCUGGGUCAGCCCGCCUGACCAGCACCCCCACGUCAGCAGAAGAACUGACCACGGAGCGUGGCCGUGCAGGAAACAAUAGCCCGGCUCCGCAUUUCCUCAGAACAUCUCCUGCUCCCCAGACCACACAUAUUUCCACAGCUGAAGUGGUGACGGCUGCAUCAACCACCCCUGGUGCUCAGAGCAGCACCCAGUCACCCACCACACCAUCAUCCCCAGUCUCAGUGAACAGCUGCACCCCUCGCCCUUGUCUCCACGACGGGAAGUGCGUCGUGGACCCCACCACCAGCCGUGGGCACCGCUGUGUGUGCUCCCCUUCCUGGCAAGGGCAAGACUGCAGUGUGGAUGUGAAUGAAUGCCUCUCAAACCCCUGCCCACCCCUGGCCACGUGCAACAAUACUCAGGGAUCCUUCACCUGCAGAUGCCCAGUGGGGUACCAGCUGGAAAAAGGGAUAUGCAAUUUGGUCAGAACCUUCAUGACGGAGUUUAAGUUGAAGAAAACGUUUCUGAAUACCACCAUGGAACAACAUGCAGACCUCCGUGAGGUUGAAAAUGAGAUCACUAAGACGUUAAAUGUGUGUUUUUCAACAUUGCCUGGUUAUACCCGAUCCACAGCUCAUGCUUCUAGGGAGCCCAGUGCAGUGGUGAUGUCACUGCAAAGCACCUUUUCCCUGGCCUCCAACGUGACGCUGUUCGACCUGGCCGACGGGAUGCAGAAAUGUGUCAAUGCCUGCAGGUCCUCUGCUGAGGUCUGCCAGCUCUUGGGGUCUCAGAAGCGGAUCUUUAGAGCGGGCAGCUUGUGCAAGCGGAAGACUCCAGAAUGUGACAAAGAGACCUCCAUCUGUACCGAUCUGGAUGGGGUCGCACUGUGCCAAUGCAAGUCCGGCUACUUCCAGUUCAACAAGAUGGACCACUCCUGCCGAGCAUGUGAAGAUGGAUAUAGGCUUGAAAAUGAAACCUGUACGAGUUGCCCAUUCGGCCUUGGUGGUCUCAACUGUGGAAACCCUUAUCAGCUCAUCACCGUGGUGAUCGCCGCAGCGGGAGGUGGGCUUCUGCUCAUUCUGGGCAUCGCGCUGAUUGUUACCUGCUGCCGAAAGAAUAAAAAUGACAUAAGCAAACUCAUCUUCAAAAGUGGGGAUUUCCAGAUGUCGCCAUAUGCUGAGUACCCCAAGAACCCUCGGUCACAAGAAUGGGGCCGAGAAGCUAUUGAAAUGCAUGAGAAUGGAAGUACCAAAAACCUCCUCCAGAUGACUGACGUGUAUUACUCGCCCACAAGUGUCAGGAAUCCCGAACUUGAACGAAAUGGACUCUACCCGGCCUACACUGGAUUGCCAGGAUCACGGCAUUCUUGCAUUUUUCCCGGACAGUAUAACCCAUCUUUCAUCAGCGAUGAGAGCAGGAGAAGGGACUACUUCUAAGUGCAGAAGCGAGAGGGGCCCGUUGCUCCGCGCUAGUGCCUCAAGUCCUGCACCAGGGGAGCACCGCCUCCAGCCACUCCCGGGACUAGCGGGGCGCACCUGAGUGGCCAGCGGGAAGGGGGCGGGCCUAAGGGGCGUGACCACAGUGGAAGGGGACAGGGAGAGCCCAGGGUCAUGGAAGUGCAGGAGGCUCAUCUGGCCCCUUCUUUGUUACUGUGAAUUGAACACGGGCCAGUACAGUAGGGUCCCCCAGCGACUGCAACAUGGCCAUGGCUCAAGGAUGACUGUUAAUUAGAGCUGAUCAUUAGGCGCCAUUGCAAGGACCCAGGUUUUCCUUAGUUUGCACUUUAGUAAAUGCAAAAGUAGGGAGGGAGGUCUCCUUUUGGGUUUGUUUUUUUUUUUCAAGACUGUUCCCGAAGGAAGGCGUCUUUUCCUUAGAUGCUUCCAUAGGCCUCAAUUUGGUGAUUCAUUUACAGCAAAAUGCUGGCUCUUUAGUUGUUUUCCUGCCCAGUAGCUACAUGCUGAACACAGAUGCUGAUCAACAUACCACUAGGGUUUGGUGAUGCUGCAGGUUAAGGCACAGUGUUUUAACAUGCUCCUAAGUCCUGUCGUGCUACAUUGUCCAAGCAAAACCCCACAUGAACUGAAAUGGGUGAGGCCCAGCACACAGCUCCGGUUUGUUUUCUUUAGUUAAGGUGACACAUUUAUCUAAAGUGACUUUUUUUUUCCCCCUUUACAGUUACAUCUCAUCUUUCCAUAUACAUCUGAAUCAGGGCAAAACAACUUCCCUUUGGUUCUAAUAAGAGGCAUUCAGCUGCCCCAUAGUGAGGGCCAACAGGCUGCAACGGGCACUAGGUGAAGGCCAUGGUGGAACCAGCCAUCCCUGAGGGCCUGGCUCAUGGGCUCUGCCCUCUGCCUCUGAGGCUGAGGCUGCUAUGCAUGGAGUAGAAGUGGAGAGCUGAAAGCAAGUUGGGUCUGAGCUGGUGAUUCCCCACUGAUGGAAAAGCAGUUUGAUGUGGUGGCUUCAGCUGAAUGUGGUUAGAGGAAUAGGCCGAAGAGCUGUGUUCCAUUUUCUGAAACACCAGUGCUUUGGGAAGCCGGGGGUGCUUCCCAGAGAAGAAUAGGGAGCUGGGCUGGAGCCACACGUGAGGCUGCUUCCCCACCAGUGCUGGCACCUUUGCUAGCCCUGAUCUCGUCUGCAAACUCAGUGUGGGUUGCAUGGUUCAGCCAACCACUCAAAGCUAUUUAUUCAUUGAAGAAAUAACUUAUUUUCUCUCAAACCGUAAUUUGUAACUCUUUGUACUACUAUGGAGUUCCCUCCAGAAACAUGGGCAUAAUUCAAGUCAGCAUUGGAGGACCAAAGACUUCUGGCCAGUUAGGGAGUUGAGCGUUUGCCCUGGGGAAGGAAAUUCCGCGCGUCUUAUUUAUCACGGCUGUGGCGUGGGUCCUGCAGGGGGAUGUAUCCAGGGCUGUGCCUUUUAACUGCUACGUGUGGAACUGUGAUCUUCCUCAUCUGCUUUUGAGCAUCUUGGUUUGGGAUGAAGUGAGGAGAACACAGGUAAAAACUUGGAGCUCAGUGGCACCCACAUUUCUGGAAAUGCUGCAGCCUCUGGGAAGAGCCUAUCCUGGGCAUGGUUGUUGCUUCAAGGUUCUCUGAUCUCUUAGGAAUGUACCUAAUCCUUAUUCUUAGGUAACUCUCAUCCUCACAGUUUUAAGUGCAAACUCCUGAGUCCCGUGGUGGUCUGCACGAGUCCCCAUCUCCCUACUGCAGCAAGAACACUCGUCAGGCGCGAUGCCACUUAGGAGUUCACCUGCACUCAUCUCAUGAGAGAGAGACAAAAAGAAUUCCGGGUUUUGUCAGUAGAGGCCAACGUAAAAUUUCAGAGCAUUACCUUUUAGCAAUCUUGGGUCUUGCCUCUCCCAGUGCAACCAAACAGCCAUCUGUGCCUUGUGGCCUCACCUCUACACUGGAGGGCUCCAAGCUCCUGAAUUCAGCUCACCUGAGCCAGCAGGCUGGGUCCCUCAUUAAGCGGCCGCCUCCUGGCUCUUGAGCCAGAGCCCUGCUCAGUCCGCAGCACCCAGAGCCCCCGUGGGAGCUGUGCCCAGGCAUACCCGCCUGCCACCUUCAGCGGACAUCACAGCAGGCAGAUCAUCUCCAGGACCAGGGCCAGAAGCUGUGUGCGCCGCAAAAUGAAGGCUUCAGUCCCUGAAGCAUCCUGGAGCAGAAUCCCAACGUCCAGAAAAGAGUGUGCUGUGAGUGCCAAGAACGCUUUCCCGGGUUUUGUGCAUGUGAAGUGGAUAAAGAGUGUCGUUGUUUUUUGUUUUAUGUUUUCUUUUACUGUGAAAAGGGAGGCCCCCCUGACAAGGUUGAGAUCACAUCGUAUCUGCAGUUUCUCAGAGGCUUUUGGGGGUGGGGCAAGUGCAUCUUGAGAGCGUAAGGGUCUAAGAGGGCAGGCAAGCAGCAUGACUGUUGCUCUGAGCGGGCUGCCUGCCUGGGUAAGGAAGGGAAAGGCCGGCUUCACUCCUGCCUGAGGUAAAAUACCUCCAGAAGGGUCCUUCCUGAGCCAAGAAACAGCUGGUAGGACAGCAGCCCCUGGACUGAGGGGACAGGCUGGAUGCACCCCAGUGGGCAGAAGCUCUCAGCUCUUUCCAGGUGCUCAGCGGGAGUCCCCGCACCUGGAGUGGGUGGUUUCUGCCCACAGAGAUGCUGCAGUCCUGCAUGGGGGGACCAUAGCUGGGGGCACUGGGAAGAGGCUGCCCGUGGACACUUAGACAUCUACAGGACAGAGUGGGGACAUGAGCAUCUGGCCUUGGAGAGCCAGGACUCAAACCCUUCUGCCUGGCUCGCCCUUCCCACUUCUCCUCCUGUCUCACCUCCCUGGCAGAUACCCAGUGUCAAAGAGAGCAUGAGAGAGUCAGCUUAACAGAAAACUUUUUUUAAAAGAAGAACUUUAACAUUAUUAAACAGUAACUCAACUAAUGCCAUGAAAUGUUCAAACAAAAUGCGGAAAAAGUCCUUUCAGGUCUGUUGUUACAUGUCCUUCUUGGACACUUGUGGUCGUCAUGGAGAAAAUAGUGGCUGGCUCGUGCUUAGCAAGAAGUGUAUUGAUUGGUAUGUGGCUUUGGAUGGAGAAGGUAUAAGGUGAUGACAGACUUAGCCAUCCAUCUGGGGGCUGCCUGGCCUUGUGCCCGUGGUGCGGCUGUGUGGGAAACAUUUUUGUGAACAUUCUCAGAAUCUGGAACACAUUCUGUUGAAUGUCUAAAAUGCUGACAAAUCUUUCUUCCUUUGACAAAAGGUAACUUUCAGAAGCAGCUAAGUCUUUGAGAGCUGAAAUUGCUCAGUGGAGAGUGUUCUCAAGCUGGCUGAUAGCAUUGGAGUUCCAAAGUUAAGAAGUAACUCGAGGUCUGGAAGAGGUCAUUCUUAAUAUUGGCCCAAAUGGGAGGGCAGUGUCUUUGCAAGGCAAGGCCGGAUGGCUGCCCAAGAAAAUGUCUUUGAAAGAUGAUAUUCAGUCAGAUGUGAAAGUUCCCAGAGCAGAUGCUGCAGAUGUCACUCCUCACAUGUGGCUUUGGGGGGCCUCCAUUAAGCCAUCUUGCUCACUAGUGGAGUCCUGGGGGCCUGUAACUCUGUGAACACUGCCUGAAGAAGCUAGAAUCUUGAGUCUAGUUGUUCUUGGCUUCGUUUAGCCUAACAUACCGCAACCUACAGUUUUGGCCCAUGGUUCUAAGAUACCCUGAUUUGAAAACUAGAGCACAGCUUUGGAGAGAGGAGAAACAUCAAGUUCAGUAUCUCAGUAUUUUGUUUCUUACUGAAAACCACCCUUAAUAUCAGAGAUGUUUUUUUCUAUAUGGAAACUUCUGAGGGGAUAAGAAGGGACCUUUCACAUGCUUUUUUAUGACUAAGCAUCAUUCUGUGGUUCUGGUGUGCAUUUCUGGAAACAGAUGGGUUUUGUAGAGUUGGCUUUUAAGGAUGUAUUUUUUCUUUUUCUUCUCUCAAAUUCUGAGAGGAGGAACCUGGCUAAACUACUAGGAAGAUUACAGUGUUAAAUGUCUGAUAUCUUGUUGUGCUAAAGCAUCUUUUCAAGAGUGUUAUAAUCCAUCCCGUUUGGGAUAAACUGCACACAGAGAACUCUGAAAACAAAGGAGACAAUUGAGGUCUAAAAAGAGACAUAUCUUAGACUGGCUCUGUCCUCUUGGCAUUUUAAAGGGGACAUUUUAAAGGAUUUGCAUAUUAGAUUCUGGUUUUAUCUUUUUUUUUCCAUUGGAUACAUGAUAAUGUGGUUCAGGUGCAGAGUUCUUGGGCAGGAAGGAUGGAUUGGACAAGGAUGGGAUGGGACCAGCCUACCUGGGAAACUAACCCAGUCUCUGUGUUACCUUGCCUGUUUCUUGGGGAAAAAAACAAAAACAAAAACAAAAAAAAGCGUCAUCGUGGGUUGCUGUGAGUUUUAUUAAUAUUUGUGUUGCUGGAUUUAUGGUUAAACGAAGCAUGUAGCCGGAAGAUGAACUUUUUGAGUUUUCAUUUUGUCCCAGCUUUCUCCUUACAAACCUUUAAACCUUAGCCCCUGGUUGAUUGAUUGUGUAAAUCCAUUACGAGAAUGUUAUUUAAAGUUGUAUUAUAAUUGCAACCUCCACUAAUUAUUCAGUACUGUAGCAGCAAAGUAUUAUUUGUAAGAAUUCAAUUAUUUUUAUACUUAUAUCCACUCUAAGUCUGGCGUUCUAGUCAGUAAAAUGAUGCAAUAAAAUGAAUACAAUUUUCA